AAUAGGAUUUUGACAUAUACUUGUAGCACUUCUCAAUGAUAUUAUCUCCAUAUUUAACGAAGUAAAACUCGGAAGCAGACUAUUAAUUCAUUCGUCUUCUUUUCGUUUUGUUGUUAAGUAAUUGGGCAAUGCUAAAGGAGAAAUUUCUGAGAUUCUAAAAUUUGACGAAAUCGAUUUCGCGUAGGUGUGUUGUUUCCAUAGCUAACGUCUAUACGUCUAAAAGUCCAACAAGAUAUUCUGCUUUACCUAUUCGCUCUGUAUUCCAGACGUCCUAAAAUUUACUUAUCAUAACCAUAUAUUUAAAUACUUAUAUUCAACGCGUGCUAAUUUGAAAUUAAACUAAACGGUACUUGAAAUAAAUGUUUGAGUGAUAUAAGGCAAUAAAUGAUUGCGGCUACUUUCCACUCAUUCACAAGUUAUAAAGUCCAAAGCAAAUAGUUACAUGUACAACCUAGACCAAUUUCAUACAUACAUAAUUAUUUUCUAAGAAGGUGGUUUUCUAAGUAUAAACCCUCUAGUCAUUGCAUAAUUUAUGGAUGUUAUGACUAAUCAAAGCUGUAUAUUAUUUAUUUUUUCAUUCUCAAAUAAUAACGAUCAUAUCAGCAGUGGUAGCGAUUAAAAAAAACGUUGGGACUAAUCAACAACAAACGGAGUCUACACUAUCAGCAACUGCAGAGACGAAGACCAGACUACUUAGCAACGUUCCGUUUCGUUCGAAUGCUUCCGCAAGAAAUUAUCAGUAACGCGUAUAUAGUGGUACAUUCCUUAUCAGCCGUAGCGAAUUUAGUCCUUAUGUUAGCUAUAAAAGUGAAAGUAUCCCACUGUUUCAAAUCAAACUAAAUUGAGUUACCGUAAAGUAAACAUACGUGAGAGCGCAGUGAUACAAAAUGUUUAAAUUAGCGGUAAUACUUUUCAGCGUUUUAACGCUCUGGACAAAUUGUGAAGCGCGGGGCAUCAAUGCGGCACCAAGCAAUGUGCCCAUUGAAGGUCGCAUUGUAGGCGGUGACGAAGUGACGUUAGGUGCAAUACCCUAUCAAGUGUCCAUACAAAACACCUUCGGCGAUCAUGUGUGCGGUGGUUCCAUUGUCGCACCGGAAUGGAUCUUAACAGCUGGGCAUUGCUUGGAUUGGCCUAAGAAGUACCUGAAGAUCGUCACUGGCACAGUGGAAUGGAAUAAGCCUGGCGACGAGUACUUUGUGGAAGACGUGAAAAUACAUUGUCAGUUCAAUAAACCAAUGUAUCACAAUGAUAUUGCCUUGGUGCGUCUGAGCAAACCUAUUGUCUUCGACAGCUACACUGCAGCCGUAGAAUUGGCUACGAGUAAUACCAUGAAAAACGGUGAUAGUGUUGUGCUUAGCGGUUGGGGCAGCGCUAAAGCUUGGGGUAAUGCUGUUAAAAAACUGAAUAAAGUGAGUUUGAAGUAUCUGGAUUAUAAAACUUGCUUGAAAACGGUCAAAAAUAAAAAAUUCAUUGGCAAGGGUCAUAUUUGUACUUCGACUAAGGAUGGUAAAGGCUCUUGCAGCUAUGAUUCUGGCGGCCCAUUGGUCGAUGCCAAUAACGUGCAAAUUGGACUUGUCAACGGUGGUCAACCAUGCGCUAUCGGUUAUCCGGAUACGUUUGCCAGUGUUUUCUACUAUCAUGAUUGGAUUGUCAAUACCAUCGCGGGUAAUAACGCUUGCUAAGAGCUGGUGUGUACUGUGAUGUGGUUGGAGUUGCAGAAAUAUGAAGGAAAUGCCAUUCGCGAACAAAUAAUUAAGUUAUCUAUUAGCCAUUAAUUUUUUUUAGACACAAAACUUUACUCACAGAGACUUUAUGCUAAGAUAUUAAAAUGAAUUUAUUUGAUUGAGCAUUAAGAAAUU